CGGAGUUUAAUAAAUAACCCCCUAACAGAGAGUUUUCUAACUCUCCCCCACCUACACCUAUAUUAGGAUAACUGGGGCCAUCUUUUGUUUACACCAUGACUAACAACAACAAAAGUACAUGUGGUUUGCUAGUAUUGUACCUUCCCAGACACCGUAGUCUCACCCCUCCCCUCCUGUUGAGCAGGCUCCAGAGCUAGCAGUGCUGAGAGGGAGGAGGAGGGAGCAGUCUGUUCUGUCACAGUCUGACUCUGAGCGGGGGACUAGUCGGCAAACAUGUGUCUGUGCAGCUCUGACGUGCCUGCUUGCCUUCUAAUAAACUGAACAUUUGUAUUUAUGUAGAGAAGACAUGCUUGCUGGACAUGCUGAACCCAAAGACACGCUUCCCGGCACAACAUGCACCCAGAAGUUCUCCCUGCAGAGUCCCCAGUACAAGACUUCAGCUUGAGCACUGAGCAACUGUCAUGUGCACUGUAACCUACUGUCCUGCACCAACCACUUGCCCUGCUGCUAGUGCUCAUGGGAAUCUAGUUGCUUUUGGCACAGACACCCCAACUGGGGCAAUGCUCAGACUGGUGAAAUGACAAGGGGCGUAGAAUGUACAGAAUCCUGCCAGAAAAUCAAUUGAUUUUUUUUUUUUUGUAUGUUUUUUCUGCACUUCGGAAACUUCUGCACGUGUCACGUUUUUAUGACUCUCAAAGUUCAACUGUCCUGCACUGGGCAUUAGAGGAACUGCCCGUGUCUCCUGGCACUGGACUGGCACAGUAGCCCCUGCAGGAAAUUUCGUUUAACCCUUUGGAUGUUCUAAAACUGUUGCCUUGUUCCUAGUGGACGUUAUUGUGCUGGAAAAGUAAUAGUGUUCCUACAGGCAUCUAGCCAUCAGGACACAUACAGCUUCCAUUGUCUGUGUAUGGAUGUUCCAUCUAACCCCCAUCCACCUGUACUGUUGAACAGCUGCUGCAGGACAUCUUUGGGGGAUGCAAAGCUGUCAGUUAAACUCAAAGGAGUAAUGGAUACGGUGGGCAUCACCGUGCAGAAGAGGGCAUCAGAGUUGGAGCAAAUGGCUGAGGUUCUUAUAAUUGGAGAACAGCUAAGACUGCGGCUGCAUGAGGAAAAACUCAUUAAAGAUAGAAGGCACCAUCUAAAGACCUACCCUAACUGCUUUGUGGCCAAAGAAGUGAUUGACUGGCUUAUCGAACGCAAAGAAGCCUCUGAUAGGGACACAGCAAUUAAACUUAUGCAGAUAAUGAAUGAUAAUAGCAUUAUCCAUCAUGUCUGUGACGAAUACAAGGAAUUCAAGGAUCUCAAGAUAUUUUACCGGUUUCGGAAAGACGAUGGAACACUUCCACUGGACCAAGAAGUCAAGGUGUUCAUGAGAGGACAGCGACUCUAUGAAAAGAUCAUGAAUUCCGAAAACACACUUUUGCAAGCCAGAGAAGAGGAUGACAUGAAAUAUGAACGAACGUUUGUGGCUUCGGAAUUCAUUGACUGGCUGAUUCAAGAACAAGAAGCUAAAACACGUUUGGAAGCAGAGCAGCUCUGCCGAAGGCUCCUGGAGCAUGCCAUAAUCCAGCAUGUGGCAAACAAGCGCCAUUUUGUGGACAGUGAACUGCUCUAUCAGUUCAGGUUAAACUUCAGGAGAAGACGGAGAGUCAUGGAGCUUCUGAAUGAGAGAUCCCAGCGUAUGGUGGAAAGUCACGACAGCCCUUUCUGUCUGCGCAAACAAAGUCACGACAAAUCGACAAGCUUUCUCUCUGUGAGCCCCACAAAAGAGAUAAAGAUUGUGUCAGCAGUGAGACGGAGCAGUAUGAGUAACAGCAACAGUGGAAGUUAUUUUGCUAACAGCUCCACACUGAGCAGCAGCCCUCCUGUGGUUAUGUGCAACCCAAAGUCAGUGCUCAAGAGGCCUGUGACUUUGGAUGAACUUGUGUCUCCGGGGGCCCCGUACACGAGGAAGACUCUAACUAUUGUCAGUGAUGCAGUAGGAUGGGGGUUUGUUGUCCGAGGGAAUAAGCCGUGCCAUAUCCAAGCAGUCGAUCCAAGUGGCCCAGCAGCUGCUGCAGGAAUGAAGAUCUGCCAGUUUGUCGUCUCGGUGAAUGGUCUCAGCGUUCUGCAUUGUGACUUCAGAACAGUCAGCAACCUCAUCCUAACUGGGCCACGGACUAUUGUCAUGGAAGUGAUGGAGGAGCUGAACUCAUGAGUCAAAAGACGUCUGCAGAAGGAUAUGGUGGGGCUUGACUCCAAACAUACCAAAGCUAAACACAAAACAACGAAAUCAAUGUGAUUGUGUGUGUGGGCCCUAGUGCCGCCCCAGCUCACUCGUUUCACUUGCAGGCAACAGCAUCAAACGAUGAAAACUUGAAAACCCAUUGCCAUAGCCAUCCCUCCAGUGAAUAAGCUGUGCUCAGUCUUUUCUAUGUACUGUAAUCAAGUGUCUGUGUGUGUGGAUAACAUACAUGGUUUACUUUAUAAUGAAUGUCUAAUAUGUUUCAAAGUGCCAUUACCGAAUCACAGUGCUAUAAGUGAAUGUAUAUUGAUAUUUCAUAUAAAUGAUGUAUAGGGAUGAAAUUCAGCAUUGGGGGAUGGAUACAUUUAAUAGUAUUUUAUCUAUGACUGCUGGACUCGUAAGGACAAGAUUCUGAUUGCAUUGUCUGCUUGUAUAUACAGUAGAAUGAGGAAUGGGAUUGCUCCUUUUGUUGACUUUUCAAGAUGUUGAGAGGUCAAGGAAUGGGGCUAGGGUGUCCAAAAGAGAAAUAGUUAACAUAAAUACCACAAUUGUUAAGGACUCAACGAGUAUAGGGAUGGCCCAGUUGCUCCUGCCUGGGUUCUCAGCUCAAAGGAACAAACACAAAACGUAUAGCAACAAAAUAAGGCGGGUGUAGGGCACACUGGAGGUCAAACCAUAUCAGACCAAAGUGUUA